AUGAGCCGAAAGUCCAAGCCGGGAGCCCGGGGCCAGCUCGACAACGUGCCCUCCUCCUUACUCAAAGACCACGAGAACCAGCAAGUGUUCGAACUCUUGGGCAGGAAGUGCAUGACCAUGGUCACCACGGUAGCCCAGCUGUUCUUGGCCUUGCCCCAGAGCAGCAGAAUCUGGUCCAAGCAAGGCUGUGGAGUCCUGUGCUUCGUGAAGGAUAAUCCCAGGCGUUCGUACUUCGUUCGCUUCUACGAUCUGAAGGAUAGGAAGAUGAUCUGGGAGCAGGAACUGUACAACCAGAUGGCCUACACUGCUGCCACCUCUUACUUCCACACCUUUCCAGGAGAUGAGUGCCAAGUGGGGCUCAGCUUUGCCGAUGAGGACGAGGCCCUUGACUUUCAGCAAAUAGUGGAAGAGAAGAUACAGAAGAGGAGCCACAGGACAGAAAAAAGAGAACUACCGCCUCCACCACCUCCUGUCAACGAAGAAAAAAGAGAACUACCGCCUCCACCACCUCCUGUCAAUGAAG